UGCAUCUCCAAACAUCAAGAGACCAAUAUUCAUGCUAAGAACUCCUAAUCUUUCUCUAGCGAAAUUUUGCUCUCGUUACCUCGCCGUUUUCCCUGCUGCGAACAUGGUCACCACGAGACUCGAGCGACCUCGCCACCGCCGCCAGCACGUCGUCGUCAUGCGCCACGGCGACCGCCUCGACAACGUCGACCAGUCGUGGCCUUCCAGGGCCCCCAGGCCGUGGGACCCCCCGCUGGCCGAGGAAGGCCGGGCCAGGGCGCUCGAGACGGGCAAGCAACUCCCCACCCGGCUUGGCUUCCCGAUCCACCGGAUUAUCGUGUCGCCCUUCCGGAGGUGCGUCGAGACUGCCCUCGGGCUGAUUGCUGGCCUCUCGGCCCCCGACGAGGGCCCCGACGUAGCUAUGGGCGACGGGGGCAUCGACCCAUCAAAAGUCAAGGUAUCCAUAGAGUAUGGAAUGGGCGAGCUGUUCAACAACAUAGCAAUCAGACAUCCUCCUCCUAAUCCUGAAGAUCAUGCGGAUUGGGGUUUUAACAUUCCUGAAAUUGAAGCCUUGAUUCCACUAGACGCUUUGGACAAGACAGUGAUGCCAGUGUUCGGCCAGCUGCCUCAAUGGGGAGAGACUGAGCCAAAGGCAAAGGAGCGAUAUCUCCUCACCAUUCAUUCUCUUGCCGAUAGAUAUCCUUCAGAAAAUUUGCUGUUCAUCACUCAUGGGGAAGCAGUGAAGGUCACGGUCUCGACACAAUUGGAGGACGCCACGAGAUUCAAGAUUAAGAUGGACUACUGUGGAUAUGCGCAGCUCGGAAGACAGGUCAUUCGAAACGGUGACGUGUUCGAGGCCAGCGAGUUCGAGCUUCUCCCGAACUAUGGACAAACCGGCAUCCACUGCUCACCAAGGACGCCGAUGUGAUCGAUACCCUCGCAUCGAGUGUCGCAGAACUUGUCAUAGUACAUAUGAUGCAAGGGCAAAAAGAGCUUGGUUUUACGAUUGUGUUUCUUUGUUAAUUCUUUCAUAUGUCCGUGGGAUUCUUUUGCGUUGAUUAGGACGGACUUUUACCGAGUGUAUUACUUGUUCUACGAUUCAACAUUGAAUUUGAUAUGUUCUUUCCUCUAACUUUAUUUUU